GCCUUUAUAUACCUCCCACCCUUUCUCUCUCGCCAUUCAAUCUUUUCAAACAACAAUUAACUCUCUUUCCUUUUCCAUUCAUAUAUGCAUAAUAAUGGGUAUUGUAUGCAGUUCAUGCCAAUCCACAUCAGUUUCUACUGCCAAAUUAAUACUUCACGAUGGUAGAUUACAAGAGUUUUCUUAUCCAGUGAAGGCUUCUUACUUAUUACAAAAUGACCCUACAAUAUUUAUUUGUAACUCUGAUGAAAUGGAUUUUGGAGACGUGAUUUCUGCCGUAAGUGAAAAUGAGGAGCUUCAACUUGGUCAGCUAUAUUUUGCUUUACCUUUGAACCGAUUGAAACAUAAGCUGAAGGCUGAGGAAAUGGCUGCAUUAGCUGUGAAGGCAAGCUCUGCAUUAAACAAUAGUGGUGGUGAGAAAUUUAUUGUAUUUGAAAAAAGUGGUCGUAAUUUUUCGAAGAAAUUAGUGGAUGAUAAUAGUGGUUCUAAAAGGAGUAAUGGACCUGGCAGUAGUGGUAGGAGAAAGAAGUUCACGGCGAAGUUGAGUGCAAUAAAUGAGUAGGGCUAAUAUGUGACCAGUUUACACGUAUCUCGACUAUUGCAUUUAAAGAUUUAGCUAGGUAGAUGAAAGCACUAGCGUUUUUCUGUUAUUGCUUGUGAGGUUUGAAUUCUGGUCUCACCUAGUUUUCAAUCACUACUCCAUCAACAGUUAGGCCAAAUUCUUUGUGCGCGCAUAUGUAGAAUUUAACUGUUCAUUUUGAGAUGUACACAGCAGUUUUUGUAAAGAUCCUAAUGUUAAUAUUAUCAAGAACGGCAGUUCUAGCUAGAGGUUGCAGGUUUGAA